UGACGCGACGCCGUGACGUAUGACGUCGUGACGUUCCUUGAAGCUUUCCCCGUAAACUUGACGGAAGAACUUCCAGGUGUUGUUUUUGAGGAAGUCAGAAGUAUUGCUGGUGAACAAACAACUUUUUUGUGUGUUAAUACCACUAUAACGGCACAAUAUGGCUGAAGCGACUCAACUUGGAGAUUUAGAAGAGGACGAAAUGUUGGGGGACGUAGUAGAUGCCAAACCUGACCGCAAGGGGCGGUUUUUACUCUUUGGCAAGAAGAAUAAGGAUGGCCAGACGCGGGAGCAGGACUACUCUUCUGAAAGCCAUUACAGAAUUGUCUCACCAACAUUCCAGUAUAAGAUGAGCCACCGGCGAGUGGGCAAGUGCAUCAUCAUCAACAACAAAAACUUUGAAGAAAGGACAGGGAUGAAUGUACGCAACGGGACGGACCGCGACGCCGGCGAGCUCUUCAAGUGCUUCAAGAGUCUGGGCUUCAACGUCUUCAUCUACAACGAUCAGACCUGCGAGAAGAUGGAGCGUCUCCUCCGAGAGGCUUCAGAGGAAGACCACAGCGACAGCUCGUGUUUCGCCUGCAUCCUGCUGAGCCACGGCGAAGAGGGCAUGAUCUACGGCACGGACGGCGCCAUGCCCAUCAAGACCAUGACCUCGCUCUUCAGGGGGGACAUGUGCAAAAGUCUGGUGGGGAAGCCCAAGCUUUUCUUUAUCCAGGCUUGUCGGGGUUCCGAAUUCGACGACGGCAUCCAGACGGAUUCGGGUCCGCCCAACGACACCAUGGAGACGGACGCCAACCCGAGACAUAAGAUCCCGGUGGAGGCCGAUUUCCUCUUUGCCUACUCCACCGUGCCGGGGUACUACUCCUGGAGGAACCCCGGGCGCGGCUCCUGGUUCGUGCAGGCGCUGUGCAACGUCCUCAACGAGUUCGGCAAGCAGCUGGAGAUCAUGCAGAUCCUGACCCGCGUCAACUACAUGGUGGCCACCAGCUUCGAGUCCUGGUCCGAGGACCCGCGCUUUAGCGAGAAGAAGCAGAUCCCCUGCGUGGUCUCCAUGCUGACCAAGGAGCUCUAUUUCAAUUGACGACGGCGGGGACGGACCGAGCCGUCCGAGAAGCAUUCAGGGAUGAUUCCGGCCCCGGCGGGAACAAGCGCUGCACUUUGGAUUGGGCCCGAAACGGAAUCUUUUUAUAGUGGCACUCCACUUUCGGUUUUCUUUUUUUUCUUUUUUCUUUUCCUCCUCUCUUCUUCAGGUUUUUCUUCACAACAGUGGCGUCACGUUUGAUGGGAUCUUUGUCAGCAGGCAUUGCGAGAUAUGCAUGUUCUUCUACUACCACUUCACUUUUGUUCCCGCACUUGUCGCUGCCAUUUCCUUGUCCGAAUAGGUGCCGUCUCGUCAUUUUCACUCGCAACAAGUUCGGACCGUAGAGACAAAGACCGCGACUUUGAGUUGAAACCACCAUCCUCAGGUUCAUUCAUGUCCCGUACAGCGUUGAAAAAAAAAAAAAAAUUGUAACCUGUUAACGUACUGUUUGCGAUCCAAAAUGAGUUUUUUAAAGGUCAAACUCAUUUAGGAUAGAAAUGAAACAUUUAUCAUGAGUGGAAAUCUUCUAAAAAUUUAAGUAAUUCAAUAAAUGAAAAGAAUGACCGGUUAUUUUUAAGUAUGACCCACUUUAGAAUCAUAAAUUAGAAAAAAAUCAAAUUUUCGGAUCUGAUUGGCGCCACCAUCGAAGAAGAAUUUCCCGGUUUUCACCCAAGCUUGUUUGGAAGGCCUGCAAAUUGCGCCUUGAAAAACAAACAAUUGUAAGAAAAUCUCAUUUCUAUCGCAAUAUGGGACAAAAGUUUGUCUGUGUGCUUGUGUCCAUCACAGAGGCAGCUAUUGACGAUGACAAGUGUCAACCUCACGGUACCCUUUCUCCGUGUCGCCGCCGCACUCAUUCUCACACGUUGUCCGUGUUGUUUUUUAUUUUUAAAUCGGUCUUUGAACAAUUUGAACACACCGGUGCAAAGCAAUGACAAACUUUCCGUUUGAAAACCCAAAACCGAGUAAAAUCGAUCGAUCCCUGGGAUCUCUCAUCCUUACCCAAACUGUGCAGAAAGGAGUGUUUGCGCCACUACUCUGUUCCCCCCCCCCCCAUCAUUAUUUAGGGGUUCCAUUUUAAAUGCUUUCUGGUGUUAAAUGCUGUUGUCCUCACUAAAUUUAUUUGAAAGGCUUUAGAUGCAUGCAUGAAGUAAAAAAAAAAAACAGAUCAUCUGAACCAGUGUUAAAAAAACACACACAUGCUUAUGUAAAAUUUUUAAAUAUGAAUUUCUUGUGUUAUGAGCUGAGUGGUUUGUAGCAACGCAUACAACCUAAUGUACCCAACCACACAUUUUGUUAACUAAUUGGUUGUUUCUUGUACAUAAAAGAAAUGUGUGUAAAAUAAACAUUUACACAUUUUA